AUGCGCCUCACCUCCAGCUCGCUGGUGCUCCUCGAGCUCGCCGCGUCGGCCCUCGCCGUGCCGCUGACCGUCGACGUCGAGGUGGGCAAGGGCGUCACGGCGCCAAAGCCGAACCACGCGCGGGCCAACGAAGUGAAGCAGGCCUUUGAGCAGUCGUGGAACGGCUACGUCAAGCACGCGUUUCCGCACGACACGCUGCACCCCGUGAGCAACAGCUACGAGGAUGACAGAGCCGCCUGGGGCGUGACGGUGGUCGAUGCGCUGUCGACGGCCAUCAUCAUGGAGAAGGAGCACUUUGUCGCCAAGAUGCUCGACCACAUCUCCAAGAUUGACUUUACGACGACGGCCAAGGAGAACGACGCCAUCUCGCUCUUCGAGACCAACAUCCGCUACCUCGCGGGUCUUUUGUCUGGCUACGACCUGCUCAAGGGCCCCUUCAGCGGGCUCGUCAAGGACGCGGCCAAGGUGCAGAACCUGCUCGACCAGGCCAAGAGCCUCGCCGACAGCCUCAGCAUCGCGUUCAACACGACGAGCGGCGUGCCGCAGCCGACGGUGUACCUGAACCCGACGCGGCGGCACGGCAACUCGUCGUCCAACAACAUCGCCGAGGUGGGCACCCUCAUCCUCGAGUGGACGCGCCUCAGCGACCUCUCGGGCGACGGCAAGUACGCGCAGCUCGCGGAGAAGGCCGAGUCGUACCUGCUGCGCCCGACGGGCAGCCCCGAGGCCUUCCCCGGCAUGGUGGGCGGCGACGUGUCCAUCGCCGACGGCAAGUUCAUCAACAGCGACGGCGGCUGGUCGGGCGGCACGGACAGCUUCUACGAGUACCUCAUCAAGAUGUACCAGUACGACCCGGCCAAGUACGGCGAGUACAAGGACCGCUGGGUGCUGGCUGCCGACUCGACUAUGAAGUACCUGGCGUCGCACCCGACGUCGCGCAAGGACCUGACGUUCCUGUCGCAGUACUCGGGGCAGAAGACGAUUCCCGUGUCGACUCACCUGGCCAGCUUCGCGGGCGGCAACUUCAUCCUCGGCGGCGUGCUGCUCGGCUCCGACAAGUACAAGCAGUUCGGGCUGGACCUGACGACGUCGUACUUCAACAACUACCAGCAGGCGCCCGCGGGCAUCGGGCCCGAGGUGUUCCAAUGGGUCGACGCCGCGCUGCCCGCCAACGACACCAACAACGCGCCGCCGCCCGACGCCCAAAAGGACUUUUACGCCAAGUCGGGCUUCUACACGACGGCCGGGUCCUACAUCCUGCGCCCCGAGACGAGCGAGAGCCUCUACUACGCCUACCGCCUGACGGGCGACCGCAAGUACCAGGACAUGGCCUGGCAGGCCUUCUCCGCCAUCAAGAAGGUGUGCAAGACGGGCGACGCCUACGCCCAGCUCAACGACGUGAUGCAGACCAACGGCGGCGGGUACAUCGACCAGAUGCAGAGCUUCUGGCUGGCCGAGACGCUCAAGUACCUGUACCUCAUCUUUGCCAAGGAGUCGGACGUGCAGCUGCAGUUCCAGGGCGGCACGAGCAAGUACGUCUUCAACACGGAGGCGCACCCCUUCCGGGUCAAGGGCUAG